UUUGUUAUCCGCUUUUUUAAGAUCGAUGGAAGAAGAAAUUGCGUCGUCCGAGAUACAACAAUACGGUACUUUUCAAUCUCAAAAUGAACAUGAAAUGAGACAUAGACAUGUUAUGUCGUUUUUGAACGGGUUUAAAGGAGAACCAAAUGACUCUGGUUCUUCUUCGAUGAUGAACGACUACAGUAACCAGUCUGAUGAUAAUGUUGACGAGACCGGUGAGAUAAAAAGGCCUUUGCAGACAGCUUCAGAGAAGAAGCGACGAGAUAUGAUCAAGACUGGAUACGAUAAACUUGCACAAAUGUGCUUACGUGGUUGCGGUCAGCCCGAGAAUACUUCCAAAAUGAGCCAUGCAAAUAUUUUGAAUAGAGCUUCGAAUUAUAUUGAUUCGCUUGAAACUGAUAUCAAAAAUCUGCGUGAAGAAAAAAGUCAAAUAGAAAGGGAACUUAUGGCAGCAGGGACAAUGAAACAUAUUUGUUCUUCAGUCAUCACUUCAAAGGGAGAAGCUCCAGGAGUUCGAACUGUAUCUCAGGUUCAAGCAUUUGCCGUGUUUCGCGAUGUUAUGGACAACCUUUAUGAAUCAUUUCGGCAGUAUGUCUGCAUGGACAAUUUUCCAAGGCUGGCAGAAACUCUUCUCAAGUGGGCCGAACUUUACUGCACUCCUAAUUUCCUGCAUCAGUUUGCCGAGAGUUCGCUAAUGCGAAUGAGAAAUGCAGUUGCAAGCUUAUUUAGAGCUCCAGUUACUUGUUGAAAUAGCAAUAUGCACUGUUGAUACUUCGUUUAAUAGUUUAGUUAGUUCCGUUUUUUCUGACGUUGAAGAUUCAAAAAAAUGUAAGGAGGAACUUGCCUUCUUGGUUCAAUUAGGUCAGAUGGAUCCCUGGAGAACUUUUCAAGAGAGUUUCUCAGACCUAAAUGACCAGGCUGGUUUGCAAUGACUUACGGGAUGCUUAAAUUGACAUUACCCAAUCUAUCAUUGAAACAAAAUGAGGAACUGUUGUUGUAAUUACAAAAGGGAACCUCAGUUUGAUCUAUUUUCAUUGCAUCAGUCUUAAAGUAUGCGUUUGAUGAUACUUAGAAAUCCGUCUCUUUACGUUAUAUCCCUUUGUUCUGAAAGCAAUAUCAUGAUUCAAUUUGAAAUUGAAAUUAAAUUA